AUGGAGCAACUUUUCAAUAACACAUUCAGUUUCAACCUUCAGAUUGCCAGAUUUGAUGUCCCUCAUCAAGCUGUUUAUCCUGUUUUUAUCAUUGGAGCUCUGAUCUAUUUGUUUGCUGUGAUCUGUAAUGUAACAAUUUUAGCAUUGAUUGUUACCCAGCAAAGGCUUCAUAAACCCAUGUUUUACAUUUUGUUCAGCCUUCCUUUGACAGACUUAAUGGGAAUUACUUGUGCCCUGCCGAGAGUUCUUCUGGACAUUGUAACCCAAACAAAUAUGGUCUAUUACCCAACAUGUGUUCUGCAGGGCUUUUUGCUUCAUCUGUAUGGAGGUAGUAUACUUUUUAUUCUGGCAGCCAUGUCAUUUGAUCGCUACAUAGCGAUAUGCAAGCCACUGAGAUAUAACUCUAUAAUGGGUCCAUACACAGUUGGUGGUGUGAUAGCACUGGCUUGGGGCCUUGACAUUGCCUUGAUUGUUGUAUUGUUUGCUCUUCAGGCACGAGUUACAAAAUGUAAGACAUUCAUUUUUAAUGUUUAUUGUAGCAAUAAUACACUGUUACAGCUUUCAUGUGCUGGUGACCUUACUGUGAAUAAUGUUUAUGGAUUAGCAAUAACUGGAAUUGUACAAGGUAUUAGUGUGACUAUUCAACUAUUUUCCUAUGUACAAAUUCUUAGAGCCUGUCUUUCCCACACACAAACCGAUGCUAGGAGUAAGGCUGUAAACACAUGUUUAGGACAGAUAAUUACAUUUGUUCUGUAUGAAAUAGUUACAACCUUCACAGUACUAUCGUAUCGUUUUCAGAAUAUACCACUCAAUGCACAACAAGUAUGUGGUAUGCUGAUUUUCACAAUUCUUCCAGUUUGUAAUCCAAUUAUAUAUGGAAUGAAAACAAGAGACAUUAGAAUGAACCUUUUAGAGACUUUUAGGGAAACUUUUUUUGGUAACAAUUGA